CGUAGACGAGACCAUCACCCACCUGUACUCCUCAAGAUGACCAAACGCACGAAGAAAGUCGGUAUCACCGGAAAAUACGGUACACGUUAUGGUGCCUCCCUGCGAAAACAGGUGAAAAAAAUGGAAAUCUCACAGCAUGCACGAUACACCUGCACUUUCUGCGGCAAAGACACUGUGAAGCGAACAGCUGUUGGCAUCUGGAACUGCGGGUCGUGCAGAAAAGUCAUCGCUGGAGGUGCAUGGACUGUGUCGACGACAGCAGCUGCGACUGUACGGAGUACCGUUCGUCGUCUACGUGAGAUUACAGAGGCAUAGAGCUACCAUUUCCUUCUCUGUCGUUGUCAUCGUCUUCCCACGUACUUUUUGUAUGUUCAUAUGUCACCAUGAAAUCGAAACCACUAUGAACAACAGCCUAAGAGCGUAGCCAUGGAAAUGAUAUUCCUUAGAAAAUUCUGUACAAAAUGUGAUGUUUUUCUCGUGAUGAUCACGGGCCUGGUUAUAUGACCAACACAUGGCGCAGCGUGGCUUUCACGUUGUUCUUUCG